GUCAGCUGGGUUCCCACAUCGGAUCACCGGCAGCAACCGUGCUCCCAGGAGGAGAAAGAGGGAAAGGAACGUCGUCUGAGUCGCCAGGCCGCGGAUUGAAUCGUCGGAGAUAAUGAAGGUCAGGUUCAUCCCCGGGAACUGGCUGGGGGGUCACGUGAGGAGGGAACGCCGCGCUGCGGGAGGGGCGGUGAGGACGGAGCGCCACGUCGUGGGAGGGGCGAUUCUCUUCCUCUCCCUCGUUUCCAGUUGGACUAUCUACUGGAACGCUGCGUCGGACAGCUUUCCAGGAUCAUCUGAGAUAAGCUUUCAGGAAAUUAAAGAUGCCAUCAAGAAGACAAAGGAGAUAGACUCUCUGAAAUCAAAGGUCUCACACUUGGAGCAAGAGGUGUCUGUCCUGCAAAAGUACAUUCCCAGCGUCAUUUUCCAGGCGCAGGUCUCCCGCGGCCGACACCCGUCCGCGCCGAGGAAGCUCGUCUACGACCAGGUGGUGGUCAACGUCGGCGGGGCUUACGACGCCAACACCGGGAACUUCACCGCCCCCGUUGGCGGUGUCUACUCCUUCUCCUACUCCCUGCUGGGGCAGAAGCAUUCCCGGGACACCCUGGCGCAGCUUCUGAAGAACGGGGAGCCGCAGAGCUACAUCCACAGCAUGCUGAAUCCCGACCAGGCGCAGACCGCUGCCAUGCCCGUUCUCCUGCCCCUCGCCCAGGGUGAUGUGGUGUGGGUGGAGCUGAGGGAGGGCAUCACUUGGAGUGAUUGGGGCUCCCUGAACUUCCAGGGCUUUCUCCUGCAGAGGACCUGAAGUCCCGAGGGGUCGGGUCAGCCAUUCAAGGAGCCUCCACAGGUCUGUCCGGGGAAGUGGCGGCUCCCCGCGCCCCAUCGCCAACCUUCCCGUUGGUCACCAUCCCCACCUCC